GUCUUCUGUGGUAUUCGCCAACUCGACCGCCAUGGCCCGCCGCUCCGAAGUCUUGCGCUUGUACAAGGAUCUGCUUCUCGAAGCAGCGCAGUUCCAGAACUACACGUUCCGCACAUAUUCUUUGCGCCGCAUCAAGGCUGACUUCCGCGCCAACGCCAGUCUGCGCGACAGCGACUUGACAGCGUCGCUUGGCUUCGGCUACGAGCAAUUGCAUCUGUUGCGACGACAAGUAGCAAUCAGCAAAUUGUACCCUGCCGAAAAGUCCGUGAUGGAAAACCUGCAGUAAUUCAUCCCAUGCAUGGAUGCCUUCCAUAUCUCGAAUUUGGCGACUGCCAUGCUGUGCCGACUUUCGUGCAGUGGCCAUGUUUGACCCCAACGAUUUCAUUUGUCACAUUCUUCUCAUCUCAUGGCUGAGCCAGUAAAGGACGCGCUCUGUGCACAUGGGCUAACUGCACUCGUAAGGCACGACAUGCACUACUGCUUGC